AUGGAGAAUGAUGAUAUGGAGUUAGGCCUUUCUGAAAAUGUCGACAAUGUUGUUGGGGUUGGUGGGGAUUUAGCUUCACAGGCAUCUGAUGGGACGGGGAAUAUCACGACACUUGAUUUUGAUAUUGAAAAUGGGAAGAAUAGUGAUGAGGGGUUUGCUCUUGAUGGCAAAGGCGAAGCGAAGGGAGAUUUCUUGGAGUUUGUAAAUAAGGUGGAGGCAAAGUGGGCUGCCAGUCAGGAACAGAAACCAGAUGUUGACUUAAACUUGGGAUUGGGUUUUGAGCCUUCAUCAUCAUCAUCAUCAUCAUUGACUCUUCCACCAGCAUUUGCUAUGGAAAGAGAUACACGUGACUAUGGGCAGAAUAAACGGCCCAAGAUUCAAUCUUUUCCUCUGUAUUGGGGCAGCAAUUUUGAGAAUAGAAUUAUUGGUGUUGGGAAUGCGCCUGAUUUACGUAUUUCUGAAAGUGAUGGUGGAAAUAAUAGUGAUCCAUUAAAAUCGGGUGAUUGUUCAGAAAUGCGAAUGGAUCUUACUGAUGACUUACUGCAUAUGAUUUUCUCAUUCCUGGACAACAUUGACCUUUGCUCCGUGGCAAGUGUUUGUCGGCAAUGGAGGGAUGCAAGUUCUCAUGAAGAUUUUUGGCGUUACUUGAAUUUUGAGAAUCGACCAAUAUCUGAACAUCAAUUUCGGAACAUGUGUCGGCGAUAUCCAAAUGCUAACUCAGUUAAUCUUUGUGGUACUCCUGCUAUCAAUCAACUUGGGAUGAAAGCAAUCCGUUCACUAAGAAAUCUUGAGGUCUUAACACUAGGCAAUGGCCAACUAGGCGAGAAGUUUUUUAAAGUGCUCACAGAUUGCCGCAAAUUGAGGAGUUUGACAAUUAAUGAUGCUACUUUGUGUAGUGGCACUCAGGAUGUUUCCGUUGAUCAUGAUAGCUUGCGCGAUCUUCAGAUUGUGAAGUGUCGCAUUUUUCGUGUUACCAUUAGGUGUCCCCAACUUGAGAUCUUGUCUUUGAAGAGAAGUAGUAUGCCACAUGCUUUUCUCAGCUGCCCCCUUUUGCGGGAGCUCGAUAUAGCAUCUUGUCACAAGCUCUUGGAUACCUCAAUUCGUUCAGCAGCAGCAUCGUGCCCGCUCUUGGAAUCUUUGGAUAUGUCAAAUUGUUCGUCCAUCAUUGAUGAGACAAUACGAGAAAUAGCUAUGUCUACUGGAAAUCUUCGUUUUCUCGAUGCUUCAUACUGCCCAAAUAUCGCUCUUGAAACCACAAUCAGCUAA